AUGUCCAUUGGGUGUGGUGGUGCCGAUCGCCAGGAGCGGUUGUUGUAUGAAAUUGUUGCAAAGGGUUUUAGUGCGGCUCAGUAUAAGUUAUUCCCUAGCCACAUAUACUUUAUGCGAGGAACACUAUUCCCCUCUAACACCGCGGACACCAGAGCAGACCAAUUCAUAUUUGAAGGUAGUGAUGUUGCCUUGGUUGGACCCAGAGAGAGCUUUCACGGAGAUUUAGUUGAUACAGUUGGUGUAACAGGCCUUGGAAUUGUUGUUGGCAUUAAUAACAUUGUCGAACAAAGCUGUCAGUACAUGAAAAAAUCUCCUGAUCAAGACCCAGUCCCGACCACAGUUUUCACUGUGCAACACUCAGAUUAUCAUCCCAUAAUGAAAACUGCACGUACAUGCAAUGUUGAGUAUCGCGUGCGACCAACUCCAAACCUGGCCAAGAUUGCCAGCUUCGUCAGGUUGGGGCGGGAAUGUCAAUUCCAUGGAUAUAUCAAGGACUUUAACGAAGAGACUUCGUGCUACGUUGUUGUGGCCAACAAGGUCAUAAUGACAAAUGGAUUUCAGGAAGUGAAUACUCAAAACGAUGAUCAACACAACAAUGUAGAUAACACGUUGAAGAAGCCAAAGAAAUUCAAGCCGAAGGGCCCAAACACCUCAUUUAAGCCGGCUACCGAUGAAAACAGCGGUAUCACUACCGCUGACUUUGCUUCACUUGAUACUCCGUUUUCGUCAUCUUCUACUAUAACUGCGGGAACGUCGACGUCUUCAGGCAGUAGUAGCUUGGCCACCCCACCCGACUUCUCAGGACAAGUACCCAAAAAGCGGGCACGUUACCAACCGAAGCGCAAGGCUGCAAAGGAGAUGGAUGAGGGUGUAGCCCAAGACGAUUAA